AUGGAAAAAUCCAAAAAUUUCCGCAUCGACGCGCUGCUGGCCGUGGACCCCCCGCGAGCGGCCUCGGCGCAGACCGCGCCGCUGGCCCUGGUCACGUCGCUCGCGGCCGCCGCGUCUGGCCCCGCGGGCGGCGGCGGCGGCGGCGGCGGCGGGGCGAGCGGCGGGGCGAGCGGCGGGGCGAGCGGCAGCUGCAGCCCCGAGUCCUCGGAGCCGCCCGCGGCGCCCGCCGACCGUCUGCACACCGAGAGCCCCUCGCCUCCGCGCCUGCUGGCCGCGCACUGCGCGCUCCUACCCAAACCCGGCUUCCUGGGCGCGGGCGGCGCGGGCGGCGGCGCAGGGGGCGCGGGCGGCGGACCCGGGGGCCCCCACCACCACGCGCACCCCGGCGCCGCCGCCGCCGCCGCCGCCGCCGCGGCCGCCGCCGCCGCUGCCGCGGGGGGCCUGGCGCUGGGGCUGCACCCCGGGGGCGCGCAGGGCGGCGCGGGCCUCCCCGCGCAGGCGGCGCUCUACGGCCACCCGGUGUACGGCUACUCGGCGGCGGCGGCGGCGGCCGCGCUGGCUGGCCAGCACCCUGCGCUCUCCUACUCCUACCCGCAGGUGCAGGGCGCCCACCCCGCGCACCCCGCCGACCCCAUCAAGCUGGGCGCCGGCACCUUCCAGCUGGACCAGUGGCUGCGUGCGUCCACCGCAGGCAUGAUCCUGCCCAAGAUGCCCGACUUUAACUCCCAGGCGCAGUCCAACCUCCUGGGGAAGUGCCGCCGGCCUCGCACUGCCUUCACCAGCCAGCAGCUGCUCGAGCUGGAGCACCAGUUCAAGCUGAACAAGUACCUGUCUCGGCCCAAGCGCUUCGAGGUGGCCACCUCGCUGAUGCUCACGGAGACCCAGGUGAAGAUCUGGUUCCAGAACCGGCGGAUGAAGUGGAAACGGAGCAAAAAGGCCAAGGAGCAGGCGGCGCAGGAGGCUGAGAAGCAGAAGGGUGGUGGGGGCGCGAGCAAAGGUGGCAGUGCAGAGGACAAGGGAGAGGACGAGCUGCUGGGGCCACCAGCAGUCGGGGACAAAGGCAGCGGACGCCGCCUGCGGGACUUGAGGGACAGUGACCCAGAGGAGGAUGAGGAGGACGAGGACGAGGACCACUUCUCCUACAGCAACGGUGCCAGCACACACGCUGUAUCCUCUGACUGCUCUUCCGAAGCCGACUCGCCACCUCCACGGCCCGGGGGGGCCGGGCAUCAGCCCCCACCCCAGUAGGGGCCCUUUUAGUUCCAGGCAGCCGCCUGGCCAGCCUCGCAGGUGGGCUGCCCAUUCGGGCUGCUUUUCCAGGGACAGACAGGGAGGCCCAGCGGGUUCGAACUUGAACUCCUGUUCUUUUAAACCUAAUUUUGGUUAGUGUUGGGGGGUGGUGUCCAUGAGAGCAGACCACUACCAGGGGAGGCUCCCACUCCCCUCUUCCUGAAUGGAGAAGGCUGGAACCUACAGUGUUGGACGACCUGGAAGACUUGAAACCUUCUCCAGAAUCGCCAUUCUGCUGAGUAUUGAAAAAGGGAACAUGUUUUGUGCUUACCUAUCUUAGGGGAAACUUGAUGUCAUGAGCAUUCAAACUGCUGGAAAUCUCAAAACUGUACUGUCUUUAUUUUUGUAUAUUGUAUUUAUAUAUAUAUAUAAAGAAGCAUCUACUUAUGCAUGCUAAAUUAUUAUUUAGCUUUUCCCAUCGCCCACGAUGGAAUGUAAAAUAAAUUGGUUUUUUACUGGAUGAGAGUGCAAA